AUGUCCUCAGACGAGGACUUCAGCCAGUAUGAGGGACUUCCAUGGGAUGGUUGGCUAGCAGCGACUCAAGCCCAUCCCUCAUCUCAUCAUGUACAUAUCUCCGAUAUCGGCUUUGAUGCCGCCAGUAUGCCCUGUCAAACAAUGUCGAAAGUGAAUGAAAUGCGUGUUACAGAAGCGGUCUGCUAUGGGUAUUACCCGAGUAUUGAGCUUAAUUCAAUGGUACUGGUUAAGUGUAAGCACUGUGGUAUGUUGAUAAAGGAUGUGGGAUAUGGUCAUCACAUGCGUUCAAGACACUCAUUUCGUGCAGAGUCACCAGCGUCCGCCGAUGAGUGUCAGUCGUUCUUGUUGUCACCUCCUCACGCAGUCACGUCCCCGAGAUUGAGUAAUGAUUAUCCUCCGAUUCUUUCACCACCAUAUCGCAAACCAUCUACAUCCUACCAUCUUUCAUCCCCCACUGACGACCGGCCCGUUAGUAUUGUUUCUCGUACAAUAUCACCUCGAUAUUCGGUAGAACAACGAGACGAUUUGAAGUUAUCGUUGAGGGUUUCAAGAAGAGAGAUACCGUUAGAGAUUGAACCAGAUCCGUCGUCAUCAUCUCCGGUGAAUGAUGUUAAUGUGAGAGAUAAGUCAUUGAUUAAAACAUCAUCGUCAUCGCCAGUUCAAUCAGCAUCAGAGCAGCAGCAAAUAACUAAACAGCUGAAUGGUCGUAUCAAGUCAAGAAAGAAAAGGAAACGGAAACGUGAUUCAUCGGAUGAGGAGCACAUGUCACUGGAGCAUCUUCGUAUCAAGAAACGUCUUGAAUCGCAACGAGUGAGCUGUACGAAUACAGCACCUUGUACAUCGUCAAGUGCGCUCCUUAUGGACGCAACAACAUCAGCCAUAUCCUCACCAUCGACGCUAGUAAUGAGCGAUAAAGACGAUAAGUCGAAGGUGAGUCCUAUGCGUGCCACUGCAACUGCAGCGAACAAACGCCGAGCUGCAGCUGCUGUUUGUGUAAAUGUCGAUUCUGAAUUGAUCACACCUCCACCAGCACCACCUAGUCGUGUUCAGUCACCAACCAGUGCGUCAUGCACUGUUGAUCAGACUCAUGGGCUGUUGAGCACUGAUGUUGUUGUUGGUUCGAAUGUGGCUACGUCACGGAUCACUGGCAUGACAACGCCAUCCUCACCGUUGGCAACGAUUCAGCAGUCGAACAAUGUGAUGACAGCAUUGCGUCCAUCUAUGCGUGAACAGCAACCGACAUUCCCCUUAUCACCAUCCUUUGAUGGUCUUUUCCAACGAUACACUUCUUCAUCUAUUCCCGACGCGGGUACUGCAGCCACUUCUGCUGAUGCUGUUGCUACUGUUAGUAUGCAAAGGUAUCACGUUCCAUCCGCCUCUGCCUCAUCGCUAUCUACGCUAGUGCUGCCGUCAACUCAGUGCUUAGCCUCAUCAGUACCGCUGUCGAUACCGAUGGCAACGAUAACAGCAUCAAAUAGCAUACGUCGAAUACCCUUAGAACGUCUAGAGCAUUCUUCUGUCACAUCUCCAAAAGUUCAUAUGAUGUCAUCCCCUGUCGAAACAUCAACUGAAUUCACACAUUUACGAUCUCCACGACCUCCUUCAUCACCCCCUCAGCUAUCACCAAUCGAACAAAAAGCAUUCAUGCUCUCCAAACAAACCUCCAAACCACAACCCUUACAAGUCAACAGUCAACCAAACAUAAGUGGCUAUACUGCUCCAGUCGCUUCAUCUCAGCUGUAUAUUCCAACUACGACAGCAACAACACCACCUGCUUCGCUUAUCAUUAGUUCUGAUUAUGCUGCGGUAACAACUACAGGCUGUGUGGAAGAGGAUUUUGAGCAGGAUAAUGAGAUGCGUUCAUUGAUAAAUGGAAUGCGAGACAUAAAUAAUGGUGGUCCGCGUGUGAUCACUAAUUUUCAUCUGGAUGAUGGGGGUGUUAAUAUUGGCGAGGUCCUUCAGCCACAACUACAAUCCCAGUGCCGGUCCCAGCCACAACCUCAACAAAUCAAAAUGUCAGUAGCCGAACGACAAGAGAUCAACGCUAGUGAACAAGCCAGCAUGAGCAACUUGAUUGUGGAAAUGUCGACAGCCACGUCGGUGAGCGACGAUGAGACAGCUGAUGUGGCUUUCAGGGAUGAAUCGAAUGAGAAUGCAAAUCGGAUUUUGGUUCUGAAGCAAGAGAUCGUUGAAUCGCCGAGUUCGAAUGCUUCGGUGAUAGCGUUAACGCCAGAAGAGCAGCGUUCAGAGAUGGAAGUGGUUGAGGGUGAGGCAUUGCGAAAUGGAGAAGGAAGUGAAGAAGAGAUGGACACGUCGUCGGUAUGUCAACCACCAAUUCUGAUUCGUCAACAACCAGUCGUUAAUCCAUCCGCACAACAUCGACUUGUACAAAUUUCUUGCUCAUCGACGUUGCCGUGCAAAAGAGUGCAUCGAUCAUGUUCAUCACCACCUUCAGCCGGUUCCUCGGGAAUGACGUGCUCAUCUUCAUCGUCAGCCAGAGAUUUGAUGUCGUGUUGUCGGCAUGAUGAUUUGAAGUAUGCGAACGCGCGUAUCAUGCUAGCUCGUGCGCUCGGUAUAUCACUCAACUACCCACCACCACCCCGUUCAUCUCCACCAGCCAUCAUCCCAACAAAUCAGUCAUCCAAAUCAAAUGAUAUUCGUACCAAAAUGGAGUUAGUCUCGCCAGUCCCGUCCGAAACAUGCGAAUCGAAAGUAUUAUCAACAUCGCAACUUGGUGCAGUCAGCUUAUCUUCAGAGACAAACCCUUCCGAAAGGUUGUCUGAUGCCGGCACCGUUUCGGAGCAUGGACGAAUUCGCGUUGCAACCGUAAAUCAGGUGAUCUCCACAGCUUCAGUUGGCGUCAACCAGAAAGCUACCUCGUCGACGGUACUGAACGGAAGCAUGGUAACAAAUAACAAUGCCGCCGGUACUUUUCGAUCACUGAGAGCUGAUUUUGGUGCGAAUGUGCCAACAGAUGCGAUGAGCAGAGAUGUGCAAAUAUUCAAGACAUCGAAUGUGACAACGAGCGGAACAGGUCUAGGACAGAGUAUGGAUGCGGGUAUGGGUCAGCACGGUCGGAACGACGACGAACGAGAGCGUCCACCUGCACUGGCCGUCGAAGGGGUGCAACAACAAGCACAAAACCAUUCAGCUCGUAUCUAUCGUGCAGUGCGGACGAGUGCUGGAAGCCUUCUUAACAAUGGCAUUACUGAGUCUGAUACUGAUGGCAAUGAAUACACAACGGUGACUGAUUUGAAUGGUGAAGGGGACGUGUUGAACAAUGGUAUUCUGAAUGUACAAAAGCAACGGUCAAAUGAACGUUUGUUAAGACAGAUAUCAACACAGCGUAUCUAUGAGCUACAACCAUCCGUUCUGAAAAUGCGCAUUUCACCACAUCAAUCCGUUGUGACGAAUGGUUUGUUUAUUUUUGUAUUUGCUAAGGAAUGCUACAACCUGUUGUCGCAUGUCAUCCCACUACACAACGCGCCUCACCCGCUCUGCAUUCGUUUCGCCGAGCACGCUCUCUCAUUGCGGAUGCUCCCACAAAAUCCUUCACCAACGGUUCGNACAAUAGAUUUGCUGGGUCGUUCGAUCGGAACAGCGGCACAGCAGUCGGCGGGAGGUGAACGUCAGCAUCGUAUCAGUGUUUCUGCCAACACGGGCAAUCUCUCAGCUCCAUCCUCAACAACAGCUGCUUUGCGUAGCACAACCGCCUUGACCGGUAUCCGAACGGGGCCACGAACCGUAACUGUUGUUCCAGUGUUGAACAGAUGUGCUGCUGCCGCAACAACGACUGCGAAUAAUCACAACUGCAGUAAAACCAACAUUAAUAAUUAG